CUGAGAACCUGUAAUUUCACUUCUAAGUUAGCAGCUCAGGACAUGUCUACAUUUUCUAGAUUAAUAGAAGGUUUUCUAUCCACAAGAAUCAAGAUCUUUCUUCUCUGAUCAGAUAUUUUCUCACUGGAAGUAAAGAAAAUAGAAAAAAAAAUUAAUGCCCGGUUGUACAGUCAUAAUUAUACAAUGGGGCUGGUUCGUGAUCGAAAGGCUCAUCAUGGCUUGGAAAUAGAUGAAGUGUAUAGUUACAGCUUGAAAACAGCAAAGAACGAUACUUCUACACAAUGGCAAAAGCGAAGGUUUGCACCAAUCACAAGCAAAUCUAGAGAAAACUCAUCUCCAUUUCGUCUCUGCCGGGCUGUUGCUGUGGCUAUGGGAAUCCGUUUUAUAUUUAUGGUAACAAUAUGGAGUGCCAUAUUCAUAAAUUCAUUAUUCGACCAAGGAGUUCCAACAUCUUUAAAUGAAAGUUACUGUGGCCCCUGUCCUAAAGCCUGGAUAUGUUAUAGAAAUAACUGCUACCAAUUCUUUAGUGAGAACAAAAACUGGUCUGAGAGCCAAGCUUCUUGUAUGUCUCAAAAUUCCAGCCUUCUGAAGAUAUACAGCAGAGUGGACCAGGAUUUCCUUAAACUUGUGAAGUCAUAUCAUUGGAUGGGACUUACACAAAUUCCAACAAAUGGAUCCUGGCAAUGGGAAGAUGGCACAAUUCUCUCACCUAACCUACUAACAAUGAUCCAGAUGCAAAAGGGAGCUUGUGCAGUCUAUGGCUCAAGCUUUAAAGCCUAUACUGAAAACUGUUCAUCACCAAACACAUACAUCUGUAUGCGGAGGACUGUGUAAUGACCUAAUCGACCAUUUCAACAAAAGUCAGAAAAAUAGAAAGGAUUAUACCAGCAGAACACUGCCACCUGGAACUAAAGAAAACAGAAAAAAGCAGGACAAAAUGAACAAAAGACUGUCAGAUUUCUUAGAACCCACAGGACCAGACCACAGAGCAAUUCAGUUGUGAACAUUCUCUAAGACAAGGGAAGAAGGACCCUGAAGGCAAUUCAGAGAUCUUCGAGGCUGCUACUCUUACCAGGGCUUAGAGAAUGGGGAUAGUCUAAUUCAAAGGGUGAGACCAAAACCCUUGGGAGCCGUGAGGGAAGAGUGGCUCAUCAGAUCCCUGGGGCCCAACCUCCACCUCCAUAGCAAACUACUGUAUGAGUAAGACCCCAGCAGAGAGCCACACAGUGUGGGCAGUGCCUUCCCCAAGUGUGAGAGUGGUAUUGCAGCCCCAGUGGGUACAGGAGGUGGGAACUCAACCGCUACUGGAUGAAGAGGUGAGAAUGCUGCCCCAGUGGGUUUGGAGAGGAGAGUGCAAAACCAACGAGAAUUGUUCUAGAACCUUAGGAUAUUUUGGAGUUUGCCUUGUUGGGUCUUGGACUUGCUUGGGACCAUUUACCUUUCCUUUUCCCCUAUUUCCUUCUGUCUUUGGGCAUGGAUUGUGUAUCCUAUACCUGUCCCAUCAUUGUAUUUUGGAAGCACAAGAUGUGUCAGGUUUCACACGUACACAUUAGAAAGUUUCUUUUACAUAUGGUUUGAUGAUAUUUAGAUGAGAUUUUGGACUUUUGACUUUAGAGUUGGUGCUGGAAGAAGUUAAGACUUUGGGAGUUGUCGAGAUGGAAUAAACGUUUUCUAUGUGCAGGAAGGACAUAAAUUUUGCCAGGGAAAGAAUGUUAUGGAUUGAAUGUUUGUGCUUCUUCAAAAUUCAGAUUUUAAGUCCAAACUCCCAAUAUUAUGGUAUUAUAAGGGGGGCUUUGGGAAGUAAUUUAGGUGUGAAAGUUGAUCACAAGAAUUCUGUCAUUUUUGUUAUACCCAAAGUUGAGUAGUAUACAAAAACCACAGGAGGCUUCUCCCUGUGCCUUCUGAUGGUUCACUGAAGAAUAAACUCACAAAAGGCUGACUAACUGGGAAAAAGGCACACAAAUUUAUUUAAUCUGAUUAAUAAAUUAUUUAAUCUGAUUAAAAAUAUUUAUUUUAAAUAUUAAAUAACAAAGUAUUUAAUCUGAUUAAAAAUAAUCAAAUUUGCUCCUUACUCUAAAAAUAUAUAGAAUGAUUUCUACAUUAUUCUACCACUCUCACAAAUAUUUUCUAACUUAUGUUUAACUUGGACUUCAACAAAGGUCAUGAGUAUGUGUAUUCCUCAUGAAUGAAAUUAGUGUCCUUGUAGAAGAGACCCCAUAAACCUCUCUAACCUUCUUUCUGUCACAUAAGGAUACACAGAGAAUUCAAGUCUGCAACCCAGAAGAGGGUCUUUUUCAGAACCCAACAAUGCUGGCAUCCUGUUCUUGGACUUUCUCGGCUUCCAGAACUGAGAAGAAUAAAUUUCUCUUGUUUAUAACCUAUCCAAUCAAUGGUACUUUUUUAUACUAAGCCAAAACUAAUGGCUUAUAGAAGAAUUGAAGAUUUGAAUGCUGUUUUAGUAUGUUUUUUGCUGCUAUAACAAAAUAUCACAGAUGAGGGAAUUACAAUAAGCAGAAAUUUCUUAACUUUCUGAAGUUCUGGAGGCUUGGAAAUCUAAUACCAAUGUGCUGCCAUUUGAUGACAUUCUUACUGUAUCAUCCUAUGGUCAAAGGUAAGAUAGGAGAGAGAAAACCCAUACCCAAAAGCCCCUUUUUAAAGGUACUAAACACACCCACAAAGGAAAAACUUCCUUGGCCUAAUUAUCUCUUCCCCAAAUCAUUACAUUAACAAUUACAUUUCAACCUGAGUUUUUAAGGGACACAUUCAAACCAUAGCAAAGAUUUUCAAAUAUCCAGUAUUAUCACCCUAAAACACAUAACCACUAAAAAUGCCUCCAGGUUCCUUCUCCCCAACUGUAGGUUCUCUGCCUUGGGCAAGCUCCAAUCCAUGAAAACCAAUAACAAGAACAGUGGCAGUUUCCUGAUUUGCUCCUUAUUCUAAAAUUAAAGUCAUUUGUUUAUAAUUUCAUAGAUUUCUGAUGCCAUAAAAAUGCAUUUUUAAAGCUUAUAAAAAAAUUCUUUUUCUGUUUUGAUUUUUCCUUACCAUAUUUUAUCUGGAAACAGAAAUGUUCUCUGUUACAUUCCUGCUUCAUUUUACAAAUAUUCCCCUGUAUCUCACUGAGGAUUUUUUUAUAAUGCUUAUUUUAAUUUUGUUAAAUAUGAAUUACUGAUUAUAUAAAAUAGAAAUUUAAAUUUGCUAUUUUUUUGUUUUUUUCUCCUUGGAUAUCUAGUAAUUUUGUAAUUAUUAUUUUUUAUUAAAUCAUAACUUUGUACAUUGAUGCAUUUAUGAGGUUCAGUGUACUGCUUUGAUAUACAAUGUGAGAUGCUCACAUUAAACUAAGUAACACAUCCCUCGUAAUUAUACUCAUGUCUUAAUAGUUUUGAAAUGUACCACUGCAUUAUGCACAUUAGGUGAGGUCUCUCCAAAGACCCUCCCUCCUCCCAAGUCCUCCCUUCCUUCCUCCCUCUCUCCUCUUCCCUUCUACUUUCUGGACUAUAGUUAUGUUUUGCCAUUCACAAGAAUGUGAUAUUUAGUAAUUUUUGUCUGUGGCCUGACAUCAUUUGGCACUUUCAGCAACUCUGUUUGUAAUUAAUGUACAGGGAACUGGCGGGAUGCCUUCUUUUUAUGUUAGUUUGGAUGAAUUUAAGUAAACAUCUUUCUCAUAGUUUUCAAAUAUUUCUGUUUUCUAUUUUCUUUUUGUCUUUUCCAGUAUUGUAUAUCAGACCAUUUUUCUCUUUCAGAUUUGGGAGGCAGCCACCUGACCUUUGUUUCACCAUAGGGCCUUUUCAUGUGCUGCUUAUUUGUAUUUCUCUCUUGGAAACAUUCUAAUUUCUUGGAUCCUGUCCCUAUUUUGUUGAUAAAAUUAUUUGCUUAUUAGAUUUCCCCAUAAAUAUUAGUACAUUGGGGAAGUCUUAAGUUUAGAUCAUGUUUUUUGUCGUUAAUUGUAUGGUAACCAUCUUGCCAUUCUUUGGGAGAAAAUUUAUUUGUAAUUGUGUAUGUAUUAAUGUGAUUAUUUUAUUAAUAUCUAUAUCCCCCUCUAGUUUGUAAGCUCCAUGAAAGCA